AUGGCCAGCAAACCAGAGUCUGCGCCUUCACCCGCGCAAGGUGUUGGUCCCUUGUACCGCCCUGAUGGCGAGAAGCCAACUGCGACUGUCUCAAAGGAGGUCUCGUUUGACAAUGUCCAUGUGCUGCCUCAAACACCCCAGCUGAUUGCUCUGUUGACGAUGAUCAGAGACAAGCGAACAAGUCGCGCCGACUUCAUUUUCUAUUCGAACCGCAUCAUCCGCUUGCUGGUUGAGGAGGGUCUUAACCAUCUUCCAGUCGUUGAGCAAUCAGUCACCACCCCCGUUGGAACAGCCUACUUGGGAGUCAAGUUCGAAGGAAAGAUUUGCGGUGUGUCGAUUAUGCGAGCUGGAGAGGCUAUGGAACAAGGGCUGCGGGACUGCUGCAGAUCAGUUCGCAUUGGAAAGAUUCUCAUCCAGCGCGAUGAGGAGACAUGCAUGCCCAAGUUGUUCUACGACAAGCUACCUACUGAUAUUGCUGACAGAUGGGUCCUUCUCUUGGAUCCCAUGUUUGCAACCGGUGGCUCUGCAACUCUCGCUGUAGAGGUGCUGAAGGAAAGAGGAGUUCCUGAGCACCGCAUCCUUUUCCUUAACCUUAUUGCCAGUCCAUCUGGUGUUGCUGAAUUUGCAGAAAGGUUCCCCAAGCUCCGAGUCGUGACCUCGUUCAUCGACCAAGGGCUGGAUGAGAAGAAGUAA